CUUAAUGUUAAUUUCAAAAAUUCUACUCACAUUAGUAAUAUUUACAAUUGUAACAGCACAAAAUGAUUUCUGUACCUUUAUGUUUAAUUUUGUAGAGCCUCCGAAGAUGGCGUAGAUCGCCGAAACGCGUCAGGCGUUAAAACAUACAUGACUUUUUCAUAUUUAUACAUAUUGAUAACAAGGAUCCACAAAAUGAAUUUUAGAAUUUAGUUUGAUUUGGGUUAGUAUGAACAAUUUUUUGGAGUAUAUUCCAAAAGAAAUGCGAGAAUAUUAUAUUAAGGUUUAUAUCAGCAAGAUGUUUAAACAUGUAACCAUAAAAAAUGGAAAUUAUUCUUACGAAAUAAAUUUUUUAACUGUCCUAGCAACAAAAUGUUAUAUUUAAACACAGAGGAGUAAAUAGAAGUAUUUAUCAAUAAAUAAUAUCUUAUCUUUGAUAAUCAUAAUAAGCGUUUCCUUCUUAAUUGAUAGGAAGCCUUUAAAACAUCCCCAUUUUCGUGAUUGUUGUAAUUUUUACUUGCAGCAAUGUUCAAUCCAGUCACUUUCUCUGAAAAUAAUUACAACACGGUCAUUCAAGCAAAUUCGUUUUUAGUAAACUAUAAAGAUCGCUUCAAAUGGUUUGAUAAUGAAAUAAUGUUAGAUAUUGGUUGCUCAAAUGGAUGUGUUACCCAAGAAUCGCUCUAUCCAUUCGUAAAGCCUCAUUUAAAACAUCUAAUUGGAGCUGAUAUUUCUCAACAUGCUAUAGAUGUAGCAAAUGUAACUUAUAAAACGUCUACAUUAUCGUUUCAAGUAAUGGAUAUAAUCGAUAGUGAGCAAUGUGAAAAGGAUCUUGAGAAGUUUCAUCACAUUUUUGCGUUUUAUCUAUUUCAUCUUUUACCGAGAUCAGAUUUAUGGUCUGUAAAUAUCUAUAAGAUGCUAAAAUCGAAAGGUCAAUUAUUUACAUCAAUAAUUGUAGAUCCACGUAAUAUAGUAAACAUUUGCAUGGCGGAUCAAAGAAAUGAUGAAACAAAGCCGUGGUCAAAGUACAUAAAAAAUCUUCCAGAUUUAUUUAUUGAUUUUGGUCCAAACCCCAAAGAAACAAUUUCAGAUAUUUUAAAAGAAGCUGGAUUUAUUAUAGACGUGAUGGAUGUGCAAUCCGUUACCUUCUCUUUUCCAGAAGUCCAUUUAUUGCGAAAUACUUUAGUGGGCGGAAACCACUUUUUGAACCACAUUCCUAUGGAAUUACGUGAUGAGUACAUUGAAGAUUGUAUUGACAAAUUAAUCAAGCAAUUGAAAAAUGAAGAUGGCACCUAUAGUUGUUCAUUUGAUGUACUAACAGUAGUUGCAACUAAACCUUAAAUGCUUUACUUGCUUGAUACAUAAAUACUUUUAUAACCCAAUUUUAUCGAAGUUAAAAAAUAUAUUUCUUUAUUACUCUGUAA